AGCCUUGAAGAAGCCCAAUGAGAGGAGCUGGUAGGCGGGACCAAGAGAGUUAGCGCGACCAAAGGGGCUGGGCAGGGUGUAGUUUCCUAGGAAACUGGCUCCGGCUGGCGUGCUGGUAGCUAGUGGUAGCCGGAGCCGGAGCCGGAGCCGGAGUCGGAGCCUGAGAGCCAGAGCCUGAGUGGGACCGUGACCCUGGGUCGGAGCGCCAACCGCAGCCGCAGCCGCCGCCGCCGCCACCCAAGAUGUGGACCACCUCCGGCCGGCGGCGAGAACAACGCCGGAAACUUGGCCUCCUGCUUCUGGUGAUCGUAGGCUGCUUGGUGGUCCGCAGGUACCUGCCUCUUAAGCUGGACGGCUGUGGGAGUCUGGGGGCUCCGAGGUUUAACUGGAGCGAUAUGGUCCCUAUUCAGCGUUGGAAUCGACAUUUGGGACUGCAGGCCAAGGACUCGGAAUUCUUGCUGGAAGGCUCCCGCUUCCGGAUUUUUGGGGGCUCUAUACACUACUUUCGAGUGCCCAGAGAGUAUUGGAAAGAUCGGCUGCUGAAGCUGAAGGCCUGCGGCUUAAACACCCUCACCACGUAUAUUCCCUGGAAUCUCCAUGAGCCUGAAAGAGGAAAGUUUAACUUCAGCGGGAACUUGGAUGUAGAGGCCUUUGUCCAGAUGGCAGCAGAUAUUGGGCUGUGGGUGAUUCUGCGCCCUGGUCCCUACAUCUGCAGUGAGUGGGACCUUGGGGGCUUGCCCAGCUGGUUACUCCAAGACUCCAGCAUGGAGCUGAGAACAACCUACGCGGGCUUCAUUAAAGCCGUGGACCUUUAUUUUAAUCAACUGAUACCCAGGGUGGUUCCACUGCAGUACACACAGGGAGGGCCCAUCAUCGCUGUGCAGGUGGAAAAUGAAUAUGGUUCCUAUGACAAGGACCCAAACUACAUGCCCUACAUCAAGAUGGCCCUGCUGAAAAGAGGGAUCGUGGAACUGCUUAUGACUUCAGACAACAAGGAUGGCCUGAGUGGAGGCUAUGUGGAAGGAGUACUGGCUACCAUCAAUUUAAAGAAUGUGGAUUCCAUCAUUUUCAACUAUCUCCAGUCAUUCCAGGACAAUAAGCCCACGAUGGUGACAGAGUUUUGGACGGGAUGGUUUGACACUUGGGGUGGUCCCCACCACAUUGUGGAUGCUGAUGAUGUGAUGGUCUCUGUUUCCUCAAUCAUCCAGAUGGGUGCCUCCCUCAACCUUUACAUGUUUCAUGGAGGAACCAACUUUGGUUUCAUGAACGGGGCUCAGCAUUUUACUGAUUACCAGGCUGAUGUCACAAGCUAUGACUAUGAUGCCAUACUGACCGAAGCUGGGGAUUACACACCAAAGUUCUUCAAGCUGCGGGAGUACUUCAGCACCCUCAUAGAUAAUCCACUGCCCCAAUUGCCUGCCUUAAAACCAAAGGCCUCCUACCAUGCUGUGAGGCCCUCACACUACAUUUCACUAUGGGAUGCCUUGGAACACAUGGACAAGCCAAUUGAGUCUGAGAAGCCGGUCAAUAUGGAGAAUCUGUCAGUGAACCAAGGCAAUGGCCAGUCCUAUGGGUACAUACUCUAUGAGACUUCCAUCUAUGAGGGAGGCACUCUUUUCUCCAAGGACCACAUUCGGGACCGGGCCCAGGUGUUUGUGAACAAGAUCUACAUUGGCUACAUAGACUACCUCGUUGAAGGACUGACUAUCCCCAGAGGUCAGGGCCAUCGUAAGCUGAGUAUCCUGGUGGAGAAUUGUGGUCGAGUCAACUAUGGAUUGAUGCUGAAUAAGCAGCGGAAAGGAUUAAUUGGCGAUAUCUAUCUGAAUGAUUCUCCACUCCGGAAUUUCAAAAUCUACAGCCUGGAGAUGAAAGCAGACUUCUUUCAGCGUCUCUCCUCCACAUGGAGUCCAGUUCCAGAGGAAACCACAGGUCCGGCCUUCUUCCGGGGGACUCUUCAUGUUGGCUUCAUAGUCCUGGACACCUUCCUGAAGCUCGAGGGCUGGGUCAAGGGAGUGGUGUUCAUCAAUGGCCAGAACCUUGGGCGCUUUUGGAGCAUCGGUCCUCAGGAAACUCUCUACCUCCCAGGCCCUUGGCUGCACCCUGGAGAAAAUGAGAUCAUCGUGUUUGAGGAACAGAAGUCAGGCAUGAUCAUUCAGUCCAUGGACACCCCGUAUCUAGGCAGGAGCCACUAUGUCGACUGAGUGCCGGGCUCCCUUUUGCUCAGGGAUUUCCAGUUGGGGCCAGGAUGAAGGCAGUGGAGAUCCUCUCUCCAGAGCCCCUUCCUGAAUGCCUGUUCAGACAUCCUUCUCCAGUGACUGCCUCUUCUUCAGGACCAGCUCUGCGAAGGACCCACUGUCACCCACCACCUCAGGGCCUCUGGCCCAGCUAACAGGGACGUAGAGGGAAGGGAGAACUGUCUCAGCUGCUGUUGUAGACAGGGACCCUCUCUUGGACUGUUUUUGGGGCUGGGGUGGGGUUCCUGCCUGCCCUGCUAGAUUGUAGGCGAAGGGGAGAGACUGUCCAGCAGAGUGGAGAUAGUGAAUCCAGGCUUUCGGAGUGAGCCACCCUGGGUCUCUAGGCUAGAUACUGAAACCGGUAGGUAAGAAGGUAUUUAGCGAAUCUGUUCUUGUUCUGAUUGAUCAGUUGACAUGUAAAUAUCACUUCUUGUUUUAGCCCUUGUAGCAAUUUAACUCGAACACUUCUGAAGGCAGAGCCAGGAGCAUUAUUCCUAAGUAUUCUGCAGCUGCUGAAGAAGCCAUGUUGAUGCCAGUCACUGAUGAAUUGGGGGUUGGGGAAUGGUGGGGAGUCUGAGGGAUAUUCUGGCCUUCCCUCUCCUUCCCUCGCCCUUUAAAUGCCUAGAGCCCUGGUGUAGGGCAGAAAAAGUUCUGUUUGCAAGACAUGGCAUUCUCUUCUGCCCACCUCCCCACCACAGACCCCUAGAAAGGAGUGUAAUGUAACGUGAGUAGAAAGGCCAAAGAAAGGGGUGGCUGGGGCAGGAAGGCUUGGCCAAUUUAUGUGACCCCUCUCCCCCUUUUCAAAAAAUGGAUACACCUAUUUCCAGUUUUAUUUAAGCAGUGAAGAAAGCAUUUAUGGAAAGGGAAGGCAUGUGACCCGAGGCAUAACUCCUUACCUACAGGAAGAGGUCUUCACCUUGAAUCACUUUAGCACUCAGGGAAUAUGGGACUACAGAGGGGUCUUUGCUAGAUCCCUACUACCUCCCCUCCCACAAAUCACCUUUAUGGCUCUCCUCUCCUGUCUUCUCUUCCCAAAUCUAAACAGCAGCAGAGGCCUUAGGGGAAGAGACUGGCCCUAGCCUCUUUCCUAUGGGAAUUAUUUCCUUUUUCCACAGUUGAGGUGUUGCUGUUUGGGGAAUGACGCCCAAUGGGUUGGUUCAGUUGUGUCUGAAAUUCAAUAAAGCCAUUGCUUAAAGUUUUGCCUGA